CUCUGGAAAUCUUCCAAUCCUAGCAAUGCCUGCUCUCUAUAAAAUGAGCAUAUACAUCUGUUUCAGUUAGGACAGUGUAGGCUGACUGCAAGAGAAAUCUCUUAAAAAUCCAAAUCACUGCUAAGUAAGGAAGAUGGGUGUGUUGGAAAUAUGAAGCAGUUUGGUGCAGAUCAUACUGGUGAGAUUAACAGAGCUGUCUCUUCCAUGAGCAGUUGGAAGUGAAGUCAAAGAGACUCUGUGGCUUCAGCAGUGUGUGAUUCAGAAAACGACAUUCACAGUUCUUUUCCAAACUGCUGCAAACGUUCACUGCCAGUUGCUGUUUAUUUUUAAGUUAAAAAAAAAACACAGGAAACUCUAUUUGCCGUUUAUUGCUAAAGGAUCCAGGAUAGCAGGUAAAAGCCGUUAAUCCCCAGCAAGCUGCAGGGCAGGCUAACAGUGAGAGAUGACAAAAGUUAAUUGGAAGCAUCAGCAGUCUGACAGAAGACAUAUUUGCAGUAAUUGGGAUGUAAGAGCUCCAGAAGAGAAAGUUUGCAAGGAGUAGCUUUAGAAAAGAAGAGGCUCUCCAGAGAACCAGCAGACAGUUUAGACCCCCAACCCACAGGAAUGAAUGAAAAUGGACCCCCUUUGGUUCAAAACAGCAGUAGCAACAAUGCUGCCAGUUGUAAUAACUCUUCAGCCAUCCCCCAACCCAAUUCUGCAGUUAAACCUUGGCGCAGCAAAUCACUGAGUGCUAAGCACACAACCACAUCAUCCAUAUUAACUAUAAAACAGCAGGUUCAGGAAUCUCCCAAACCUCUCCCAGAGAUGAUCAAAACCACUCCCAAUGGUCAGAAAUCGAUGCUGGAGAAGUUGAAACUCUUCAAUACAAAAGGGGGUUCCAAAGCAGUAGGGUCAUCUCUUGAAUGUCCAGGGUCUCGGGACACUAGUUGUGAAAGAUUAGAGGGCCUCUCAAAUUUUGAAGAAAAUGAAGAGAUGGAGGCUGCAAAUCGGAACUUAAACACCCCAGGACCCACAUCAAAUAGUCCCAAAAUUGCACUUAAGGGAAUUGCACAACGAACAUUUAGUCGAGCUCUGACCAAUAAAAAGAGUUCCCCAAAGGGCAAUGAAAAAGAAAAGGAGAAACAGAAAGAAAAAGAAAAAGAGAAGGAGAAAGAAAAGGAAAAAAACAAAGAUGUGACAAAGAGAACUUCUGUGAUAGAAAAAGCUGACAUGAAAGAGGAGCUAAAGGAAGAACAGGUCCCUCCUGCUGUAAAUGAAAUGCCAAAAAAAUCCUCCAAGAUUGCAAGCUUUAUCCCAAAAGGAGGAAAGCUCAAUAGUGCCAAGAAAGAAGCAGCUGCCCCUUCACAUAGUGGAAUACCAAAACCAGGAAUGAAAAACACCACAGGGAAAUCCUCAAGUGCCCCAAGUUGUUCUGCAAAGGAAGGUGAAAGAAGCCGAAGCGCAAAGCCAGUCUCCAGCCUCUCUCAUCAAAAAGCACAGCUAGAUAGCAAGAAUUCAAGUUCCACAUCAAGUUUAGCUUCCACUGAUGGGAGAGGAAUGGGAGGGUGGUCAGCUUUAAGUUCCAGCAGCAGCAGUCAUGCUGUCAAUGGGCCAACAAAUAGUACCACCCAGACAACAGGAAGCAAUACUGUGAGUGUUCAGCUACCUCAUCCGCAACAGCAAUACAGCCAUCCAAAUACUGCCACAGUAGCUCCAUUCAUGUACAGAUCCCAGACAGACAAUGAGGGGAAUGUAACAGCAGAGUCCGGUACUGGAGGAGGGAGCACAAGCAUGGAAUCUGCUCCCUGCACAAAAACUGGACAGCCUAUUUUAGAAGAUCUUUCUGGGGAGGAUCCAGAAACCCGCAGGUUACGAACUGUCAAGAAUAUAGCUGAUCUUCGGCAAAACUUAGAAGAGACCAUGUCUAGCUUACGAGGAACUCAGGUCUCCCAUAGCACCUUGGAGACCACCUUUGAUACUAAUGUCACCACUGAAAUAAGCGGACGCAGCAUCCUCAGUUUGACAGGUAGGCCAACACCCUUAUCUUGGAGACUUGGGCAGUCCAGUCCCCGUCUUCAGGCAGGCGAUGCUCCAUCAGUGGGUAAUGGAUAUCCUCCGAGAGCCAAUGCCAGCCGAUUCAUCAAUGCAGAACCAGGGCGUUACAUGUAUUCAGCACCAUUGAGAAGACAGCCAGCAUCUCGGGACAAUAAUGUUUGCCACAUGGAUAUCACAGACAAAGGAGGUGAUGAAGUAGAUCUUGAAGGAAUCAACAUGGAUGCUACAGGUUAUAUGAGUGAUGGAGAUGUCCUUGGGAAAAAUAUAAGGACUGAUGAUAUUACAAGUGGCUACAUGACUGAUGGUGGAUUGGGCCUUUACACUCGAAGAUUAAAUAGACUUCCUGAUGGAAUGGCUGCUGUACGGGAAACUUUGCAACGCAACACCUCACUGGGUCUUGGUGAUGCAGACAGCUGGGAUGACAGCAGUUCUGUCAGCAGUGGUAUCAGUGAUACCAUAGAUAACCUCAGCACUGAUGACAUUAAUACAAGUUCCUCCAUCAGCUCUUAUGCCAACACCCCUGCAUCCUCGCGGAAAAACCUAGAUUCCCAGACUGACGCUGAAAAGCAUUCCCAAGUGGAGCGGAAUUCCUUGUGGUCUGGUGAUGAAAUCAAAAAAUCAGAUGGAGGCUCAGACAGUGGUGUAAAAAUGGAGUCUGGAUCUAAAUGGAGAAGGAAUCCCUCUGAUGUGUCUGAUGAAUCUGAUAAAAGCACUUCUGGAAGGAAGAACAUCGUCAUUUCACAGACGGGAUCCUGGAGACGGGGCAUGUCAGCUCAAGUUGGCAUUACCACACCGAGGAUGAAAACAGCAGCCACCUCAGGAACUUUGAAGACACCUGGAACAGGAAAAACUGAUGAUGCCAAGGUUUCAGAAAAGGGUAGAAUUUCUCCCAAAUCUGGAAACAUUAAACGUUCCCCUUCAGAUGCUGGGCGAAGCAGUGGGGAUGAAUCAAAAAAGCCUUCCGCAAAUAACUGUAGAACCGCUACUACUAAUACAAACAUGUUUGGAUUUAAAAAGCAGAGUGGGUCAGCUGUAGCUGUCACCAUGAUUACAGCUAGUGGAGCAACUAUUACUAGUAGAGCUGCUACUCUGGGCAAAAUCCCCAAGUCAUCUGGACUCAUGGGUAGGUCUACUGGUCGGAAGACUAGUGUUGAUGGCUCACAAAAUCAGGAUGAUGGCUAUUUAGCCAUUACUACCCGAACCAAUCUUCAGUAUCGGAGUUUACCCCGUCCCAGCAAAUCCAGCAGCAGAAGUGGAGCUGGCAAUAGAUCUAGCACCAGCAGCAUAGACUCCAACAUAAGCAGCAAGUCUGCAGGCCUGCCUGUUCCUAAAAUAAGAGAGCCAACAAAAGUUGCCCUUGGGAGCUCUCUGCCAGGCUUAAUAAACCAGACCGAUAAAGAGAAAGGGAUCUCCUCAGACAAUGAAAGUGUGGUCUCUUGUAAUUCAGUUAAAGCAAACCCUUCAUCUCAGACAACAUCCAAUUCAUCCCAGAGUACUCACCAGCAAGCAGUAAAGUACCCAGAUGUCGCCUCUCCUACACUGCGCAGACUUUUUGGUGGAAAGCCAAGUAAACAACCUCCCAUCACAACAGCAGAAAGCAUGAAAAAUUCAGUAGUAAUCUCCAACCCACAUGCAACCAUGAACCAGCAAGGAAAUCCAGAAUCACCUUCUGGCAGUGGCAUAUUGAGCAGUGGUGGUAGUAGCCCUCUUUAUUGCAAAAAUCCAGAUACAAACCAGUCUCCAUUAGCAUCUAGUCCCAGUUCAGCUCACUCAGCUCCUUCCAACAGCUUGACCUGGGGUACUAAUCCAAGUAGUUCUUCUGCUGUAAGCAAGGAUGGGAUUGGAUACCAGUCUGUCAGCAGCCUGCACACCAGUUGUGAAUCCAUUGAUAUUUCUCUCAGCAGUGGAAGUGGGCUGAACCACAAUUCUUCCAGUGGCUUGAUUGCGGCUUCUAAGGAUGACUCGCUGACUCCCUUUGUUAGAACCAACAGUGUUAAGACAACCUUGUCGGAAAGCCCUCUCUCUUCCCCUGCUGCUAGUCCCAAAUUCUGCAGAAAUACUUUACCCAGGAGGCAGGACAGCGACCCACAUCUUGAUAGGAACACUUUGCCUAAGAAAGGACUCAGGUAUACACCAUCAUCACAACUUCGCAGUCAAGAGGAAGCAAAAGAAUGGCUACGUUCACACUCUGCAGGUGGUCUUCAGGAUACCGUGGUCAAUUCUCCAUUUUCUUCUGGUUCCAGCAUCACAUCACCAUCUGGGACUAGAUUUAACUUCUCCCAGCUUGCGAGCCCCACCACAGCAGCCCAAAUGAGCUUAUCCAACCCAACCAUGCUACGGACACACAGUCUUUCUAACGCAGAUGGCCCUUAUGAUCCUUACAAUGACACCCGGUUCCGGAACAGCUCAAUGUCACUGGAUGAAAAGAGCAGGACAAUGAGCCGUUCUGGGUCAUUCCGGGAUGGCUUUGAAGAGGUGCAUGGUUCGUCUCUAUCUUUGGUUUCAAGCACAUCAUCUAUUUACUCAACGCCUGAAGAAAAAUGUCAAUCAGAGAUUCGCAAGCUAAGGAGGGAGUUGGAUGCAUCCCAGGAGAAAGUUUCAGCUCUAACAACCCAGUUGACUGCCAACGCUCACCUUGUGGCAGCAUUUGAGCAGAGCCUAGGAAACAUGACCAUUAGACUGCAAAGCCUUACCAUGACUGCAGAACAGAAGGAUUCAGAAUUGAAUGAGUUAAGAAAAACGAUUGAAUUGCUGAAGAAACAAAAUGCUGCUGCUCAGGCUGCCAUUAAUGGAGUAAUUAACACACCUGAGCUCACCUGCAAAGGAAGCGGAACUGCCCAGACCGCUGACUUGCGGAUCCGAAGACAACACUCUUCAGACAGCGUUUCUAGCAUUAACAGUGCUACUAGUCAUUCCAGUGUGGGGAGCAACAUAGAGUGUGACUCUAAGAAAAAGAAGAGAAAAAACUGGGUCAAUGAGUUGCGCAGUUCCUUCAAGCAAGCUUUUGGAAAGAAGAAAUCCCCCAAGUCAGCAUCUUCUCAUUCGGACAUUGAGGAGAUGACAGAUUGCUCAUUGCCUUCUUCACCGAAACUGCCACACAACGGCACACUGGUAUCAACGCCAUUACUGAGAACUUCACAUUCCAAUUCCCUAAUUUCAGAGUGCAUUGAUAGUGAAGCUGAAACAGUUAUGCAGCUGCGAAAUGAGCUGAGAGACAAAGAGAUGAAGCUGACUGAUAUCCGUUUAGAGGCCCUCAGCUCUGCUCAUCAACUGGAUCAGCUCCGGGAAGCUAUGAACAGGAUGCAGAGUGAGAUUGAGAAAUUAAAAGCCGAAAAUGACCGGCUGAAGUCUGAAAAUCAAGGCAGCUGUAGUAGAGCCCAGUCUCAAGUUUUCAUUUCAUCAUCUCCAAGGCAAUCUAUGGGUCUCUCCCAGCACAGUCUGAACCUCACAGAGUCAGCUAGUCUUGAUAUGCUGCUGGAUGACCCCAGUGAUGGUUCUUCUCGGAAAGAAGGUGGUAGGCAUGUUAAAAUAGUUGUCAGCUUUCAGGAUGAAGAGAAAUGGAAAGAAGAUCCUAGGCCUCGCCUGUUCCUAAUUGGCUGUAUAGGAGUGAGUGGAAAAACCAAAUGGGAUGUUCUUGAUGGUGUUGUAAGAAGACUAUUUAAGGAAUACAUCAUUCAUGUAGAUCCUGUGAGUCAACUUGGGUUGAAUUCGGACAGUGUCCUGGGAUACAGCAUUGGGGAAAUUGUUCGCACAAAUAGCACAGAAACACCUGAGCUGCUACCCUGUGGCUAUCUGGUUGGUGAAAACAAUACCAUCUCUGUGAAAAUCAAAGGUAUCGUAGAGAAUAGCUUGGAUGGUCUGGUGUUUGAGUCCCUGAUCCCAAAGCCAAUACUACAGCGUUACGUGUCACUCUUGAUAGAACAUAGGAGAAUCAUUUUAUCUGGUCCAAGUGGCACUGGAAAGACAUACUUAGCCAAUCGCCUGUCUGAGUAUAUGGUCCUUAGAGAGGGCAGGGAGCUGGCUGAUGGUGCUAUUGCAACUUUUAAUGUGGAUCAUAAGUCCAGUAAGGAACUCCGGCAAUACCUUUCCAACCUUGCAGACCAAUGUAGUAGUGAAAAUAAUGCAGUGGAGAUGCCUCUUGUAAUCAUUUUGGACAAUUUACAUCAUGUCAGCUCCCUAGGAGAGAUCUUCAAUGGGCUUUUGAACUGCAAGUACCACAAAUGUCCUUACAUCAUUGGAACAAUGAACCAAGCAACAUCCUCCACACCUAACCUUCAGCUGCACCACAACUUUAGAUGGGUCCUGUGUGCCAAUCACACUGAGCCAGUCAAGGGCUUUCUUGGCCGAUUCUUGAGAAGAAAACUCAUUGAAACAGAAAUUGGUGGGCGGAUGAGAAAUGCAGAAUUAAUUAAGAUUGUAGACUGGAUUCCCAAGGUUUGGCAACAUCUCAACAAGUUCUUGGAAGCUCACAGUUCUUCAGAUGUUACUAUUGGUCCACGGCUCUUUCUCUCUUGCCCUCUAGAUGUGGAUGGGUCAAGGGUUUGGUUUACUGACCUGUGGAACUACUCCAUUGUUCCCUAUCUUCUGGAGGCCGUCAGAGAAGGGCUACAGUUGUAUGGUAGAAGAGCACCAUGGGAGGACCCUGCCAAAUGGGUGAUGGACACUUAUCCAUGGGCAGCUUCCCCGCAACAUCAUGAGUGGCCUCCUUUGCUGCAACUGCGGCCAGAAGAUGUUGGAUUUGAUGGUUAUUCUAUGCCACGGGAAGGUUCAACCAGCAAACAGGUUCCACCGAGUGAUGCUGAGGGAGAUCCUCUGAUGAACAUGCUGAUGAGGUUGCAGGAGGCAGCUAAUUAUUCAAGUCCCCAGAGUUAUGACAGUGACUCCAACAGCAAUAGCCAUCAUGAUGAUAUCCUUGACUCAUCCCUGGAGUCAACAUUAUGAAUCAGAACUAGAAAUGGUUGCUUCCAGUGAUCCAUCCUUUGCCUCCCUUAGAAAAAUGAAUCACCAAGCCAUGGAGAGAAUUGAUCCUUGGCCCAGAAGGACAUCUCAGUAUUAGAGCUGCAAGAACAAUACAGUCUCUUCCACCCUCUCUGCCUCCCCCAUUCAGUGUCAAAGAUGGGUGCAGGCAACCCAGCCGAUGUUUUAUAUCUCGUGUUUUGUUUUCCUUAAUAAGAACUGCACUAUUUUGUUUUUGUUUUGUUUUGUAGUUUACAUUGCUGUGAGCUCACAUGCCUACGACACUGAACACAUUAUUUUCAUAAAAACAAUGGUGCUUAUCUAGUUGUGUCUGUCCAUUGACCAAACAGCAUCUGCUUGUGGAGUGGAUUCCCAUUAUCUCUGAUUCCCUGCCGCCUACCCCUAAACCUGCUCCAGUAUUUAGAGGGACUUCUGGAGUAGAUUUCAUUACAUGGGUGCAGGGGAGGAGAGCAGGGGAAAACCUGAGGUGCAAGAGAAUUGUGUUUAAUUCACAUACGAUGUACUCCAUUAGUUAUCACAAUCUCUGGGGAGAGUGCGUUGGAGGCAAUAAAUGAAAAAAAACAUUCACCAUCGAAGUUAUGAACCCAAGAAGCAUUGUGCCACUUCAUGUCCAAAAAGGGAGUGGAUCUCAGCUAUGCUGCUUCAGUACAAACUCACUAAUGGCUGAUUUUUCCAAGUCAUCUUUUUUUUCAAUCUAACCUCAGAUAAUUCUGGUGCUGUAAUAAUCACUUGCCUUGGUAAUAACAUUCCAUAAAAGGCAAAGAGAGGAGAAACAGGGAAGUUUAAAAUAUUCACAUAUACACAUG